AUGAUGCGCUGGAGAGGGCCUUUUCUCCGUUCGGUGCGUGGUGUAACACCAAAGAAGGGUGGGACCGAGCAUUUGGGACUCCCUGUUUUCAACUCAGUUGCAGAAGCAAAAACUGAAACAAAGGCUAAUGCCUCAGUCAUUUAUGUUCCCCCACCAUUUGCUGCUGCUGCAAUUAUGGAGGCAAUGGAUGCAGAGUUGGAUCUUGUUGUGUGCGUCACUGAGGGGAUCCCGCAACAUGAUAUGGUACGUGUGAAGGCUGCUCUUAACAAGCAAUUUAAAACUUGGCUCAUUGGACCAAACUGCCCUGGAAUUAUCAAGCCUGGUGAAUGCAAAAUCGGCAUUAUGCCUGGUUACAACACUAUGAUAUAG